AUGGAAAUAGACGGAAUCGAGCCGCCCACCGGCUCGAAAGCAAGUGCCUCCACGUUUGAAGAACAGGCAACAUCCAAUUCAUGUGAUCAAGCGGGAGCACCAGCCUCAGAUGCUACAAAGAAUUCCCAUGGCGAAUCUAACUCGCCAGAGCUACCGCUAAACUCUAACAAAGUCGAGCAUAUCAAAACACUUAUUGAAGAGUCUCUGGACCAAAUGCACACAAGACUCGUGGAAAACGGGGCUAUGGUCUCUCCUCUUGGUAAGGCUUUUAUCUGCAUAUUGGACCAUGAAUCAGAUCUUUCAAAGAAGAAUGGCCAUGCCGGGGAAAUCAAAGAUGGAGAUGAUCCUAUCACAGGGUUUUUGAACCUCGUCUGUGUAAAAUUCAAACGACUUUCAUCUGCUCUCCCCUCUAAUGCGGUCCAAGGCCCGGGAGGGCUUAAUUUACUCCGGAUCUGUUGUGAAUGGAUUCUCUUUGAGACAUUGCUCUUCUCAUGCUUCGGGACCGUCGUUCGCCGAAAAUGGCUAGCCAGUCCAGCGCAGGAGCUGUACUAUGUGUCACGAGAAGGUGUUGAAGACUUUCAACCGCUUCCAUUGAAUGGUGCAAAGCCGUGGAAGGAUCUUCAGAAGACGGACUCCGCGCCUCUGGAGUCUUGGACAUUGCAACGCGGAUUCAUUGUCAAUGUAGAUACUGGAUACGGCACUUCCCUGGCCAAAGUAUCUGAUAUUCGAUGCCUGGACGAUGGACGCUAUAUCGUUGUGUAUACCUGGCUCUACACAAGAGACGAAAUAGCGGAAGAAUUUGAAGUUGAUGGCAAAUUAUCCACGCGUGAUCGAGCGUACCUCGAUAAAAGGUGGCCUUUGGGAAAUCGCUAUAGAUACAUGCUGAGCACUAACCGAACAGUAACUCUUUGGGAUACGGCCAUCGGCCAGGCUUCAGAGGAAAUGACUACCAACCUCUGUUGCAGUGCAAUCUACAGCACAACGCCUACUUCGCGGAGGAUCUGGAGUAUUGAGAAUCCACGGUACAAGUGGAUGAAGAGGAUCCUCAUCCAUGAGCCUCAUGAGCCUCGACUGGAAGACACCAGAGAAUGA